ACAUAUUUGUGUAGAAGUUUAUACUUAAGUGGUUCGCAGAGAAUUGUUUUACAAUGAACACAUUAAAUAAUGAACAAUGGAAAUACAUUAAUGAAGGAAAUGUACAUAUUGUGUUGCAAAUAUUGGGUACAUGUAAAGUUGUUCGACUUAUUAAAGGCGAACGAAGGAACGUAGAUGUUAAGUCAUAUAUUAAUUCUAUUGAGUUCGUUAAUAUUGUAAUGUUGCCUUUGGUUUGUAGAGGUUAUGCUUAUAAGGAAGAAAUAGUAUGUUUGUCUAAUAAUGAAAUUAAAGAACUGACUAUAACCCUUCUUCAAAUUAGACCAAAGAACAGAAUACAUAAAAGUUCCAUAAGCCAGUUCGCUCUGAGUGCCCCUAACUUGACAAUAUUGGAACCCACCAUUACCAAUUAUUGUGUAGAAAUUAAAACAAAAGAAGGAUUUUUAGCCAAAACUUUAGAAGUGUAUUCUAGAUGUUAUUAUUGUAUGAAACAAUCUCUUAAACUAUGUGAAAAACAAAUUGAUAAGAUAAGUAAAUAUUGUCCUUUAAAUCUGUAUUCAGGUGAUAGAAAAAGAAUGAAGUUGGCAUUGGCAAACUUAGUUGAGAAUCCGCAAAAUAACUUCAAAAUGUUUAAAAAUAGUGAAAUCAUCUAUAAUGAAAAUUCAAGUAUAGAAUUUGAACAGAUAAUAAGUUUGACAAUUUUAAAUUCUACUAAUGUUUUUUUUGACUUAAUUAUUAACAUACUAUUAAGUGAUGGGAACUCAGAUAUAGAAUUGAAAGAAACUGCUGUCGUUGUCCCAGAAACAUCAUAUAAAUGCAACAAAAACCAAGAGUUACCUAAAAAUUCCUUUCUGUAUAAUCUUGUUGAAAUACAGUCACUUUCCAACAACAUAAAUAUUGAUAAUAUAGCUAUAAAUGAGAUCAAUAUUGCUGACUUAGUAAAAAAAGUAAAGGACAACAAUUUCAAUCUAAGUAAUUCUAUAGAUAGAAAACAAUUUAUUGAUAGUGUUGACCCUCUUCACUUAGCUUUAAUAUCUGCUGUAGCCAAAGAUUGUUCAGUCAUGAUAACAUUUACUGAACAAAACUGUGAAGGGUACCCAACCAUACGAUUUGGAGACAAAAAAAUGUCAUAUAGAAUAGUAGUCACUGAUUUGGAGCCUAAAACAGUGAAAAGUAUUAUCAAAAGGAAGGAUACAGAGAAAAAACUGAAACAACUAAUAAAUAAGCAAAACAAUAAAGAUGCAAAUGCUGAUUGCUCAUAAUUAAGAAAAUCACAACAAAUUAUUUUGCUUAAGUCAUUUAAAGGAGAAAUAUAUUAUUUAUCUUAUUCUUCCAAACAGCAACUGUAAUUUAAUGCCUGCUGUUUCAGAAUCCAACCUCACUCAGAGACCAGACA